CGUAGCUUUCCAUUCAUAUCCACCCACCGCAUAAGCGGCCGAUUUUCCCAGCGACUAACUGUAGGCUAAAAAUGAACUUCCACUCAAUACAACAUCGACACUUUUAACUGCGUUGUCGCAGUUAUCUGUUCAAUAUUCGGACACAUUCUCAAUUGAAAGUCUGUGUUUUGCUGGGAACGGAUUUUAAAUGGACUGACAGAUUCGAGUAUCACUUCCCACUCGCUUUGCCAGUCAUUCCAGACCUCGGAGCAUCUUUAAGGCAUCAACAUCGCAACAUUGACGGAAGCCACCAGUCUUUAGUCUAGACUAGGCAGAAGUGCGGACCUCUUACUCCAGUCCGCGGAUAAUAGCCUACAAUUAUUUCCACACUGCGUUUACAUCUGGACCAGCUCGUUAGAAUUGAGACAAAUCAUCGGGACUACUAUCUCUACUGUAAAGAAGUGUUUACGUGUUUUUGCCGCCUUCGUAUAUAAUGCCGACACAUUUACGAUUUCGGAGAAGGUCAUUCCUUGGGCUUGUAUUCCUUUUCUCACUGUCAACCUCGGCAUUGUACUUCAUCUAUUCUGCGCCUGGUAUUGUAAAUGAGUACCUGUUCAUGGUGCAGGCCACAGGGAUCCAAAUCAAGCAGAACGUCAGGAACAUUGGUGCUCAAGUCCUAGAGCAGGUGGUCCGGGGUGGCUACAGCCUGAACGGAACCGAUUACGCCUACGACUUCAACGUGAGUGAGAGUGAUGUACCAGUCACCACCUACCUGCCAGGAGGCUUCACCUACCUUCCGGCGCAGAUCUGCCCGGAGAGACUGCCCUCUAUGAAGGGGAGGUUGGAGGUGAAUAUGAGUGAGAUUGCUCUGGAAGAGGUAGAGAGGUUUCUGUUGAACUCUGAGCCUAGCAUGUCUCUGGGGGGCCACUGGAAGCCAACAGACUGUGUCCCACACUGGAAGGUGGCGAUACUGGUCCCCUUCCGUAACCGCCAUGAGCACUUGCCCAUCCUGCUCAGACACCUGGUUCCAACACUACAAAGACAGCGGCUACAGUUUGCUUUUUACGUUGUUGAGCAGGUGGGUGAUGAGCCCUUUAAUAGGGCCAUGCUGUUCAACGUGGGCUUCCGGGAAGCUAUGAAGGACCUGGACUGGGAUUGCCUUGUGUUCCAUGACGUAGACCACCUUCUGGAGAAUGACCGGAAUUACUACGGCUGUGGGGAUAUGCCUCGUCACUUCGCUGUCAAACUCAACAAGUACUCCUACAUGCUUCCAUAUAAUGAGUUCUUUGGUGGUGUUAGUGGUCUAACAGUGGAACAAUUCAAAAAGAUCAACGGCUUUCCAAAUGCAUUCUGGGGCUGGGGAGGGGAGGAUGACGACCUUUGGAACAGGGUGCAGUACGCCAACUACACGGUCAGUCGGCCCCCGGGAGAGGUGGGCCGCUAUAUGUCAAUUCCACACCACCACCGUGGAGAAGUACAGUUCCUGGGCAGGUACACACUUCUACGGCGGUCCAAGGAAAGACAAGGUUUGGACGGGCUUAACAAUCUCCACUACUCCCCUCUAGUGUCCCGGAGGCUUCUUUACACCAACAUAUCAGUCAGCCUGAGCAGAAAGCUAGCACCUAUAGCGGACUACUACUGACCAGGAAGUUAUAGGGGCUGCACGGCCCUCUGGGAAAUGAAGUCGCCUGGGACGUCACCCAUAUCUCACCAGUCACAGCACUGCUUUGUACUUUUUUUGUUUAUUUCUGUUGUUUCCAGGUAUUUUAUUUUUAAGCAAGAAAAGAGCCAUACAGAGGGGUACGGAAUAGUCAGUCCUUUUGAGGUGUGAGAGAAAGCAGAAGGCCGGACUUGCUUUCUGCCACGGUCUACCCAUUCUGACGCUCCUGUCACCGGGCUUCUCCACCUGUCUGUCUCCACCAGCCUUCCACACCAUUUUGGCCUUUAGCAUUCAUUCUUUCAUUAGUUCCUUCAUCCACUCUUCCACUAUGGAGACAAGGGCAAAUGUAACAGGGACCUCAAGCAGAACACGUUCCCUCCGUAUAGCGUUGUGUUGGGGUGGAGGGCAUAGUAGUGUAGUUUACGAGUGUGUAUGUGACUGAGUGACUUAGUUUGUACACAUGGACGAACUCACACACACACACACACAAAGUUGUUCCGCAGCGUGCUCUGUGUAGGGCAUGCCAAACCUACCCAGCAUGCACUGCUAGAGACAACAUUGCAUUCGAAAUUGAUUGAAGGAGAGAAAGAGUUCAGUAUGAUGCACACACUAAGUGCAUGAUAUAGAGAAUACAUAUUAACCCAGGUUCACCCACCUGCUGUGGACAAUGGUAGAGCAUGAGCUUUGUACUGGCUUGAAAGGCAGGCUCAUCAGGGACGUCAGUUUAUGGACACACAGAGCGCUGUAUGCAAACGGACACACCUUUGUCUAAAUAAACACAUUCCAGGCAUGCAGAAACUGCAAACCCCGGACAACAGAAUGUGUGGAGGUUUGCAUGAGUGUACAGAUGCCAUAUCCUAAUUUGAGUCCAUUUCACACAACUGGAUAAGCAUCCUGCAACAACGGGUAAUGUGAAUUAUGUGGACUGUAAAUUAUUGGCCAUGUUUGGCAUUUUGUUUUUGUUAGGCAAAUCAAGAAAGACAUUUUACUAAGUGGAAAUUGCAACCUUUAGAAGCCUUUUAAAACAUUGAAUAUGCUACAAGUUGGCACUUCCUGCUGUGCACAAAUUGUCCUUUAACAACAAGUUGAUCUAAUUAAGAUACGGCAUCUGUAGAUGUGUGUGCAUUCCCGUUGGGCACACAUGCGUCUGAGAGCUAAAGAGGGAAAGCUAUGCAAAUGGGCGUGUCAGCAACCUGCUUUCACUACUCUAAGGGAUUCUCUUAGGCCAGAUGUUAACUCCCAAACUGUGAAAUCUUGCAUUGCUGACCUCAUUUCAUGCUGUUUAAGCCUACCAUUCAGCAUACACCUAUUUCCUAAUACUCCCAAUGAGCUAUUAAAUGAUAUCAGAAUAUUAUUAUUUAAGUUGCAGCCUGGUACUAAAAAAUCGGAAUGUAUUUUUUCUUUUAGGAAACAUAACAUAGUAAGCCCUAUUCACUAUGUUGGGCACCACUUUGACCAGAGACACAUUUUGUAUCAUAUCUGAAUAGGAUGUCAUCUGAGACAUUACCCAACGUUAUAUUUAUUUAGCAUUCAAUUAACUGGAUUCCAAUUUAGUCUGUGUUUUGUUGGAGCUCAGCUACACUGAACUGCGAUGAUCAGAAGCCAUUACACACCAGAAGGAGGCGCUAUCUUAACAAUGUGACGGAAAGUAGCCCUAACUCCGAUUGACAGGUUAAUACUUCUAGGUAUGCAUUAUGAACUGAACUACAGAAAUUAUUUAGACAGCUAUGCUUUAGCAUUAAGCAGCUGCUUUAGCAUUUAAUAGCUACAAACCUGAUACCAUCUGUGCAAAAUUAAGUGGAGCACAUCAGUAAUAUUGCAAUUAGUCAAUGUCUGGCUGCAAAUGUGAGCAGAGAUACCCACAAAUAUUAUAAUUUAUUUAUUUCAUAGUGCUUUGAAAGAUCAAAAAUAGUAAUAGUCUUAACAAUAAUCAACUAUGUGGCCAUAAUGCUUGAAAAAUCAGACUGAAAUGAAACCAUCCUCAAAAAGUACACCACUUAGCACUACUUUAAAGGAACAUUAGAAAUUAUAAAAGUACUAACAUGUUUUCUGCUGUUAAUGUCUACCUUAAGGGGACACAGGACUGUGUUUACAGCAGCCUCAUGUGAUGUGUUUCUGACAUUGUUUAGAUGUUGUGGUAACGCUCAACCCUGUCCCAACCCCAUCCUGCUAAACAAUGAUGACAUCACUGAUUGGAUUUCUCCUCUUACUAUGUAACGUUUGUGAUUUGAGGAAUAUUAUUCUGAUUCUAGAGCUGUACCUAGUGUUUUUUUGCAGCGAUUUCAUUGGCUUGUCCAGUGAUCAGUGUCCUUGCACCACCCAUUACAUACAUUAUAAACUGGUUAUGAACAUCACCGCUAUCUUAUGAAAGUCCUAUUGAAUUAAAGCUGUGAUAUAUUAUGGCUUUCAGCCAGUGAGCCUCAAGGCAGCAUUCAGGAGCCAACCUAGCUGGUUUAUAAUACGCAAUCACCUAAAAAAAUUGGAUCUGCCUUAUUGUUUGACUGAUAAUGGUGAAAGUUUUAAAAGCAAAGAGUAAAUACAACUGACUUAAGCGGCUCCCCAGUGUUUACAGAUUUCUAUUAACAACUGAACAGUAGUACAGUUAUCCGUUUUUAAAAUUAUUAUUAUCUUAAGUAGCAGCUUCUAUAAAAAAGCAGUUCUGUGUAAGGUUAGCGUAGGUGUAUAUCAGACAUAAGAACAUUUUUCUCACAUAUUAUGUUUUAGCCACAAACACAAGAUGAGUGAAAUAUUUUAUCUGGGUAUGCGCAACAGAAUUUAAGGGUCGAAAUGUGAUUUUCAACAGAAAGUUACUUUAAGUGCUGAGCGAGCAGCUAUCUUUAGCCUUUGUGUGUCAGUGUUUGUGUGGGAACAGCCUGAAUACUGGCUUUUGUGUGUGGUUGGCAUGCUGCUAAAUGUUAAUUUCUUACACACUAACAUGAACUGAGCUUGUAUUCAUUCCACAAAAUAUCUUGAGCAAUUCCAUCACUUUGUCUUUUUCAAACAUGACUGCGAGUGCACAAGCGCAUAUAUGGCAACACACCUACCCUGUAAUGUUUCCCUGUGCCCUUGUAGUUUCCAUACGCAGCUAAUUAAUUACACACAACAUCGCCUUUUUGAAAAACAUUGACUUUUUUCAGAUUUAUUAUUUGGGGAAAAAAGCAAUGUUAGUGGUUUAAUAACCGUUUAUUUUCUGUUCCAAUUAUAAUAUAAUGGAGGCCGGACCUCCUUUUAUUUAUUUAAUCUAUUUGGAUUACUUCCUUGAUUGAGUUGAGGUUGAAACUGUGAUGAUAGUGAUGAUUAUAAAGAUCGUGAUACAGUGACUCUGUCGGAGACUUGCUGAAACAGACUUGGUUAUAAAGCACUGAAACUUGUUUAGUUAACGUGAGAUAGUGAGAGUCCAACAUGUGAAUUUCUGAAUCCCAAAUCAACACCCUAGUCCCUCAUGUCUCCUACACACCUAGAUCUAAAAACAUUGUGUCAAGAAACAUCUGACAAAGUGUAAGGCAACAACUCUAACAUGCAUUUUAAUGUGCUACUUGGAUUGUCUGCCAUGUUGCUUACACCUGUCUCUAUCCUGUAAUAUAUAUUAAAGUGAUUAGUGAUUAGGGGUCUAGAGGUUGAUUUGGUAUUUUACAUGCUUAUUACUCUGCUGAAUAGACUCUGUAGAAGGAUGAGGCCAUUUUGCGUGACAACCACAGGAAGAGGAAGAAGCCAGAGAUCUGUAUAGUGUCUAGAUCCUCGUAUCUCUGCGCAAUCAAUGGGUGCCAUUGUUCAGCAGGUGACACGGUUAGGACUGCUUAAAGACUUCUUAAGCCCAUAGAAACACAUUGGGUUUAUUCUGGACAGAUAUUGGCGAGCGCUCUACCCACAUGCUCUGCCUGUUCCUGUCUGGAGAUGCCUGAUGUCAAAUCCUCCCACUAAGCACCCCCCUUAUCCUGAUCGAUAAUUAUUGGUGCUGAUCCUCAAGACCUCCGAUUGGUGGAGAUGCUACAUGCUACCUGGGGGUAACCAAUCCAAUAUGUAGACAGCUUCAGGAGGUACCCCUAUUGUAUAAUGAAUCGUAUCUCUUUUUAACAUUACCCAGCCAGCACGUGUUCAUGUACUGUAGCCAAUCACAUCAGAGGUGCUUGGGGGGAGGAGGGAGAGUGGUCAACAUUAGCUGCUAGCUUGUAAGUCUUCUCCUCAGGGCUUUCAUUGAAAUGGCACAGCCUGUCAAUGCCUGGUGUUACCCACAUGAGUCAUUUUUUAUUGUAAUUUUAUUUUUUGUGAAUAUAUAUUAUUUUUUUUAGCAGUGAUCUGUAACCUGCAUAUAGUGAUUUAAGCUGAGUUCAUAGGUCGAAGUAUAAUUCCCAUCUGGAAAAGAAUGGUUCAGAGCACUGCUGGAAGACAAGGAAUGAAACCCCCAGCAGUGGUGCAGGGCUUGGGUUUUGAAUCCCCCUUGCGUCCAUUCGAGAACCCCAGCCCACCCUUUUCAGACCUGCAGCCACUGAUUAUCUUAAUUUGCCUUGAACCAGGUUUGCCCAGACCUGGGAAAGCAAGUGAACGUGCAGUAUUUCCUGGUGUUUCAGUGGCAUUGCUAGGAGUGCUAAAGGACCAGGGACAUCUGGGUUGUUGUCUUUACAUACCCUGUGUUAAUUUGUAGUGAGCCCAGAGCUCAGCAUGGGGACAUCUCUGUACUGCAAAGGUCCCUGUCAUGUCAGGUUCCACCUUCCUAGGCAAACCAUGAUCUGACCAUUCUGAUCCAUUCUGUGCCAGUCCAAAUGAAGGGUCCAGUGCUGGCUCAGCUCUAGGACUGCUAGCCUCUGUUAUUAUUUUGUCUAGACAUAGAGUGUAAUAGAGUGGAUAAACACAGAGGCUACCAGUCUCAGAGUUAACCACUGACACCCUGACAGACUGGCAAGCCUUAAAAUCAACUUUAAUUUAUUUCAAUGUUUUAUCACUUUUUAUUAUUAUUUUUUUAUAAUGAAAUAUAUUUAAAUUGAAAAAAUACAAAAAUAAAAUGUGUAUCAGAUAAUAUGUCCACUCUGUAAAUACUGUCUUGUGUUUUAGAAAAGAUAAAUAAAGAGGUCUUAAAUCACUAGAGUUGCUAUCUUUAUGAACGAGGGUUUGGGAGUGGUUUCGUUGAAGUGUAUCUGGUGCCAUGAAACUGCUAAACCUCAUCCUUCUUCAUAACCACUUUGACUAACUACUUUUUGUAGAUAAGGAAUAUUGGUCCAUAUGCUUUAGAACCCAUCUGAAGUUCCGGUACAGUUUGGUAUUCUUAAAGUUUUCCCCUUAUCAUGCAGUAGAGGACGUUGCACGAUAUAUACUAACAGGUGGGUCCUCCCACUUGUCUUAAGUUAUGGGGUAGGGUAAAGGUGUAGCCUAUAGUUGGUAGAGAGCACUAGCUAUAUCAAAAACACCAUGUUGUCAUGGACUUUUUGCAGGACACGGAUUCUAAACCAGGCUCCAACAACUGCAAUCAUCUCCACAUUCUACACCCCCAAAAGGUGUUUUUUAUACAGACAAAUUAAAAGAUGAAUAAAAACAUGACUAUAGCUAUCUUAUGAAUAUAUCUUCCUCUGAUUGUAAGGAGUUUAUCUCUGCUUGAAUUGAAGCCAUCUGAAGCCACUUGUAAAACUUGAUGUCGGCCUUACGUGAAUCUGUUGGUGUGUUUGCAUUAGUAUGUUUUGAUUAUGGAAGAUUUCUAUGGAGUUUCUUCUCUCUUUUUUUAUACCAUUGUUGUUAUUGUCAAAGUACACCAAUAAAAUUAACUUCAAAAGAU